AUGCCUAACCCUCUCUCAUGGCGGCAAGCCGCCGUGGCAGCACUGCUGUUCAACGCAGCCGUGACUGCUAAUUACGAUACUCGAAAAGCUGAAGCCUCGAAGGAUACCAAGCGGGAUUUGGAUACGGGCUCAGUGAAGCAUGGACGUUUCGAUGUGAGGAACUUGGUUCAGAAGUUGAACGUUGACAGUGUUCUGUCGGCGCUUGGAAGCAACAAGGCGCAGGAUGCGUCUCCGAACUUGACGCCGCUGGCCGCCGAGGGUGCUGCUGCUCCUGUGCCGCAACCCCCAGCGAAUGGAGCACCCCCAGCUCCUCCGGCCAACGCGCCGCCUCCUCCGGAUCUGAACGCUGCCCCUCCUCCACCACCACCGGCUGCGAGCGGUGCUCCUCCUCCUCCAGCAGCUGGAGCACUACCGCCCCCUCCGGAUCCGAACGCCGCUCCUCCUCCGCCCCCUCCGGCUAACGGUGCGCCGCCACCACCGCCUCCCGGAGCCAGUGGUGCUCCCCCUCCUCCUCCGGCUGGGGCACCGCCUCCGCCUCCCCCAGCUGGAGCACCACCGCCGCCUCCUCCAGAUGCGCCUCCGCCGCCCGACCCGAACGCUCCUCCGCCACCGCCCCCUGAUGGUAGACCGCCGCCGCCUCCCCCCGAUGGUGGACCACCACCUCCUCCUGACGGAGGGCCACCACCGCCACCACCCGAUGGAGGACCGCCACCACCUCCUCCCGAUGGUGGUCCACCACCGCCGCCUCCCGAUGGAGCGCCGCCACCACCUCCUCCUGAUGGACUUGGACCUCCUCCUCCCCCUCCCGAUGGACUUGGCCCCCCUCCCCCGCCACCUGAAGCUGCUCCGGCGGCAAACGGCGCUGCUCCUCAACCCCUGGCUGUCCCGGCUGUCGGUGCGCCUCCGCCACCCCCGGGUCUUGCUGCCAACGCCACGGCUCCCCCUCCUCCUCCUCCUGGAAAGGGCAAGGACGACGCGGGCAAGAAGGCGAGAGAUGACGCCAAGAAGAAGGCCGACGAUGCCAAGAAGGCUGCUGAUGCUGCGAGAGGAGCUGCGGGUCCCGGCGCCGCCGCGGCCAAUGGAACAGCUGUUGGUCCUGACGGGAAGAAAUUGAAGGGAAAGAAGGGCAAGAAGGGCAAGGCUGAUCUCGGCCCCGGUGCUCUAGCAGGCAACGGCACUGCCGCAGCUCCUCCGCCUCCUCCUGGAAAGGGCAAGGACGAUGCUGGCAAAAAGGCACGAGAUGAUGCAAAGAAGAAGGCAGAUGAGGCGAAGAAGGCAGCGGAUGCUGCCAGAGGAGCGGCUGGUCCCGGUGCUGCUGCCGGCAAUGGUACAGCCGCAGUCGGCCCUGACGGGAAGAAGAAGAAGGGGAAGAAGGGCAAGAAGGGCAAGGCUGACCUCGCCCCCGGAGCUCUGCUCGGAAAUGGUACCGCAGCGGCAGCUCCACCGCCUCCUCCGGAUGCCGAACUUGACCCCGAGGCUAAGAAGAAGGCAAAGGAGGCCAAGGAGAACGGACUGGACGCAGCUUCCGGUCCUGCUGAAGAGGCGGCGUUGGGAGGUCCUCCACCACCGCCUCCUGAAGGCGAGGAAGACCCUGAGGCGAAGAAGAAAGCCAAGGAGGCGAAGGAGGCUGCUGGGGCUGGGGCAGUAGCCGCAGGACUGGAGGCUCGGAAGUUCAAUGGAAACGGACGUCUUGGUCGGCGAAUCGGUAAAACCGACAAUAUCGACCGACGCCGGGUUCGUGAAAUCAAGCGGCGGAACCUCAUGGGCAAUUGGGGAUGGUGA